AUGUCAAUCAUAGGCCAUCAAAAACACACUGCCGGAGGUUUUGCGACGGAAGGCGACCUUGCUCUUAAAGUCAUUCAUCUACCUACAGGCUACCGCAACUGUGCAACGUCCGAAAUGCACAUAGAUACCGACGUCGACAACGGCGGUCACCGAGAACCCGGCGCCGCAGCGCAAGCCUCCCGAGACGACCAGUCAAACAGCGUGCUGAAUAGCCUCGAUACUCAAAGGGCAGACCUUGUCGGGAAUUGGAUGAAAAGUCGCUUACCUGAGCACGAAAACCUUCCAUCGCAAUCAGUCAGCUGGUGGGACCCAGGGUUGGCAGCAUUACGAAAGCAUAUCUCUAUGAUGUGGUGCAGAAACACUUUCAUCAUCUGUUUAUCGAUGUUCCUCAUCCUCUGCCUUUAUUGGGGCAUUGUGUUUCGCAUCGAGGAAAACCUCACCUCUCUCGUCUGUUUUGUUGUCGAUUUUGAUGGCAAAUCUGCUCCCUACAACGAUAUCACGCCUUUAGUAGGUCCGACGGUCACAAAAUUGGCGAACGAGACGCUGUGGGGCCCCAUACCAUCAAUCGGAUAUCAAAUACGCGAUGCAAACGAGUUCGAAUUCGACCCCAUGAAGGUUCGCGAAGCCGUCUAUCACUUCAAGGCCUGGUCAGCAAUCAUCAUAAAUCCAAACGCAACAGCUUUAUUGCAAGAGGCAGUCUCGAUCGGAAACUCUUCCUACGAUCCAACAGGCGCAAUCCAAAUCAUCACCAUGUCUGGCCGAGAUUCAUUUAUGACAUAUAGCUACAUCUUGCCAAGCCUCACGUCCUUCACGUCAAGUUUGACAGAAACAUUCGGCAAAACAUGGGGCGGCAUGGUAAUGGCCAAUGACUCCCUGACAAAGGAGACUCUUCGGCAGGCCGCGAGUGCCGUCAACCCCGGGGUGUCACCUUUGAUGUUAGAUCUGCGGCCGUUCGGGCCGCCUGCGGCAAUUCCGGCAGUUACCUUUGGGCUAAGCUUUCUCAUCGCCCAUCUCGGUUUCACCUACUACCUUGCAGACGACAUGAAAUGCAUUGUGCCUGAGGGUCAUCCUCCCGUGCACUACUGGCACUACGUCAUACGCAGAUAUUUAUCACUCAUGGCAGCCUACUUCUUCUUGUCGCUGGUCUACUGUUUGAUAUCGCUUGUCUUCCAAGUUCCCUUAUCCAAUCCGCCAGCUUCGGCAGUGGAGGUCGCUAAGAAUCCGAACGCUUAUGGGAAAGCCUCGUUCAUCGUCUUCUGGCUGUUGAACUUCUUCGGCAUGGCAGCACUCGGAAUGGCCUGUGAGAACAUGGCCAUGAUUAUCGGCCCUCGAUGGGUUGGUUUGUGGUUAACGUUUUGGACUCUCACGAACACGUUAACCGGAUUCUGGCCUCCCGAUAUUGCCCCAGGGUUUUACCGGUGGGCGUAUGCAUGGCCCUAUCAUCAUGUGAUUGAAGGCAGCCGACAGAUUUUGUUCGACUUGCACUCGCGCAUUGGCCUCAACUUUGGCGUUUUGAUUGCGUGGGUGUCGGUUAACACGAUUUUGUUCGUCCCCGCAUGUUACAUUUUGAGGUGGAAAGAUGAAAAAGAGAUACGUCGAAAGGAGACAAAACUUCCACACUUUCAUUUGCACAGGUAUGAUUUCGAGAAGCAAAUUCCCAAGCAACCGGGAGUUGAGCCGCCAAGACGGAAAAGGGGAUUUCUUCGGGCUUUGUGA